AUGCAUAUUGCGUAAUGAUUGCGAAUAGUCACGACUUAUUCUCAAAUUCGUAACGAAUACAUUCCGUUCUUUGGGAUUUAUCCGCAUAUCUGUAACUCAUCCACCAUCGUAAAUCAUAGGUAAAGAUCAUGUCACUAUUUACUCAAAUUAUUCGGCCGUCCACCAGGCUUUUUCGCAGUUUCCAGGCGACUGGUCUUCCGCACUGCCAGCUGCGAUUGCUCUCAACGGAGCUGAAGGAGCGGAUCGACGGGCUGAUUCAGGGGAAGAAGGUGGUCGUGUUCAUGAAGGGUGUCCCUGAGGAGCCGCAAUGUGGAUUCAGCAAUGCUGUUGUGCAGAUCAUGAGGAUGCACGGAGUAGAUAACUAUGAAAGUCAUAACGUCUUAGAAGAUAAAGAUCUUCGAGAAGGUAUCAAGGAAUACUCCGAGUGGCCCACGAUCCCACAGAUUUACAUGGAAGGAGAGUUUGUAGGGGGGUGUGAUAUCGUGAUACAGAUGCACCAGACGGGGGACUUGAUUGAUGAACUCAAAAAGAUUGGAAUCCGAUCAGCGUUACUGGAUGCACCCAAAGAAGAGGAGCCUUCAAAAUGAUACUCCAUACUGAUUGGAGAUUUGAAUUUAGGACAAUUUUGGAAAAUGGAGAAUCCUCUUGGAUGAAGUGAAUAUUGAGGGGUAAGUGACACAACGACGUAACUCCAGUGUGGCCAUUUUGAGAAAAUUUGGUUUAUGCGUCACUGAGCACUUCGGCCUUAUGGAGUUAAGUCUAUGUUUCACUAGCCAUUGACUUCAAUGGGGUGUUGGGUGGAGUUAAGUCUUUGUGUUUCCUGGAAAGCCCACAUUUUUCUGAACAUUUUGAUAUCAAAUACUCAUUUUGACAACAUAUGGAGUUACGUCUUUGUCUCACUGAACCCUCGAUAUGAUGUGCUGUGGAUACUGUUGAAGUAGUGUCAGCAUUUUAUUUCAUGUGAUCAUAUAUAGCAUUUGUUGUUACCUCUUUAAAGUACCAAAAUCACUCAAGUUUCACUUUCUGGUAUUCCUCAAACCACCUAAAGAAAUAAUGAGUGUGCCUUCAAGUGCUUUCUUAUUAGAGAAGUGCAAGGCUUGCAUGGACAACAGCUCACAUGUCUCGGGGUGAUCCACAAGCAAAAAUUCAAAAGUGUAAAAUUUGCACGUGGAAGGAGUGUGAGCUGAUGUACACAAAGCACAAAGUCCCUUAGGCUAUUAGAAAAAAUAUACAUGUUUAGCGUCCCCGCCCGCUUCCUUUUUGGGGGCUGCCUCCUAAUUUGUAUUUUUUUAAGAAAAAAAAGAAGAAAAACAUUGCUAAAAUAGAUCUAUUUCUGAUUUGAAGAAAAAAAAGAAAACAAAUGUCGGCGACCAUCUUUAAAAAUAGCCUGACUGUCAGCCAUUAUGAGAGGCCAUUUUGAAAGGAAAAAAAAAAAGGGCCUCCUUCCUAUUUUUCAAAAAAACAGGACGCUAAACAUGUUUUUUUUUUUUAUUUGGCCUUAUGGCUGGGCUCUAGGACUUACUUAUAGGCUUUUAAAGUUCUUAGAUGCACUCUAAUACAUGUUAUGAAGCAUUUUCAAACAAAAUUUUAUGACAAAAUUUUUCAUAAAUAAAUUCAUUUCAGAAAGGAUAUCCUGUUUCAUAUUUUCACACCUGUAUCUGAUUUUCACACAUGUACAAUCAAAAUUCAAAGCUGUUACAUGUUUAAACCCCUAGUAGACCACCUGCAUGAUGUAUUACUUCUGUUUCAUACUUUGGUUCUUUAUUGAGAAUGUGUUCCUAUAGGCAAUUUUGGAAAAAAUUUGAUGGCUAUCAAAAAUCAUAGAAACUAUAUUGUAUUUACUGUUUUUCCAAGUAAAUUGCUAUAUUGUGCAUAGGUGAAUUAAAGAUAAAGUUGAGUUCUUGUCCUGUGAUUGCAAUGUGAAAGAAAUUGUCUGGAAGUAUUUGAGAAUGGUUGAGUAUUAUGGUAAAUCAGAAUUGGUGCAUACACUGCAUACUGUGAGGUUUUUGAAACAUCAAUAUGAUAAGAAAUGUACUGCACAUAAAUGUUUACAUAACACAAGAAUGUAGUAUGAAAUUUUAAUUUAAACUUUUCAGUUAUUUCUCACCAUAUUUCAAGUAUAAGGGCAUUCUCAAUGGGCAAUACCUUUGAGGGGACAUUUAUGCUAUGAUAUUCUUCUAAACUGACUUUUAAAAAAGAAUGAGAAAUUGUUAAGUUUAAUUGUCAUCUUUAUCAAAAUUCAACUGAACUUGAUCACUGUAUUGUUUCAUCACAUUUAUUCCUAUGAUAAUGUAAUCUGGCAGUAGCAAGUUGUAAAUCUAUUAAGACUGAGUAACCAUUGGUAUCAACUAUCAAUCUGUUAAACCUUAACAUAAAUUUGACAGAAAUAUUUAGCAAUGUAACAUAUAACUGAAUUAAAUUUAUGUUCCAGUUUACUAAACAAAAGAAAGUUUUAAACAGUACAGAUUUGCAUGUUAUGCCUUGUAUUCUUUGAUGGAAGUACAUGUUUUUAAGGCCUAUGCAAAUUUAUCAUUACCGGUAUAACUUAUACAUGUAUAUAAGCGCACAAAUUAAUUCAUGAAAAUGACAUGAUUUGUGAUUUAAUUGCUUUUCUAAAGUACCUGUGAUAUAAAUACUUU